AUUAACUUUCACGUUUUCCAACUACUCCACUACCUAUAAUAAAUAAGGGUACUUUAGUAAAUGAUAUUAAAUUUAUCACUAAAAUCAAUACAUCUAAUCAUUUUCUUAAGAACCGUGAAAAGUUCAAAUGGGACACUUAUUAUGAGACGGAGGGAGUAUUCCUUAGCGGCGUCAAAUUUCUCAGUUCCUCUCAUGAAUAAUUAUAACGACUACGUGGAUCCAUAUGAAAUGGAUUAUGGUUCUGGGCACAUAAUAUACUUGAACUGUAGUAAACCAGUGAAGGAUGAUCCUGAGUAUGUUGAUAUAGGUCACUGCAUCAACAGGGACUCCAAAAGCUAUCUUUAUGCUUUUGCUGCGGCGGCUCCGUACUAUUCGGAUGGUCUUGUUUUUAGCGACUUUUCGGUUGGGAGAUUAAAAGAUUACUGUAACGUGAAGGUUGUUGGUAUGAUAUCAAUAUCAGCGUUUCAUAGUAACAGAGUCAGAGAUGAUGUACCAAAUGGAUCCCUUUCAAACGAGCAAAUUCAUGGAAUGCUACUCUAUGGCUUUCAGCUAUCGUGGAUAGCUAGUCCUUGUAGAGAUACUUGCGACGAUGACCAAAUCUGCAACUUCAAUGGAACCACCAGAAAUAUUGAAUGUUCCUACCUAGGCGACAUGCCUGGUUAUUGCAAAUAUCCAUUGGAAAAACAUGUCCACAAAACAUGCGACCAACUGUGGAAGCCGCGCAGAUAUGUUGAAGGUAACAAGUUAUCUCUAACUAUAUGA